AUGAUCAGAGUUUUUGUUCUUCUGUUUGUCGUAGCCACGUGUCAUGUAUGGAGUACGAGCAGCAGUGUUGAUGGACAAUGCAUAGAGAAGGAGAGAGAAGCCCUUGUAGUCUUUAAGCAAGGCCUUGUCGACGAAUACAACGUUCUAUCAUCCUGGGCAAGCACCGGCGGAGAUUGUUGCACUUGGAGAGGAAUCAGGUGUGAUAACUCAACUCAUCAUAUUACUGCUCUUGAUCUUCGUGCUGAAUCUAAUGAACAAAUAUUGAGUGGUCAAAUUGGUUCUUCGUUGGUUGAGUUACAACAUUUGAGCUACUUGGAUCUUAGUAACAAUAAUUUUACUAACAUUCCCGAGUUCAUUGGCUCUUUGUCUAGACUCACAUAUCUCGACCUUUCAUAUAAUCUCUUUGUUGGAAUCAUUCCUUCCCAACUUGGGAAUCUGACGAGGUUAGAGUACCUCGAUCUUUACGGUGCCCCUGGUUAUGGUCAGUUGAUUGGUAAUAGUCUUGAAUGGCUUUCUCAUCUCAAUUCUCUUCAACACUUUGGGCUUGGAAAUACUGAUUUGACCAGAGCCACAAAUUGGUUUCAAUCAUUUAAAACAGCCUCCUCUCUAUCACUUUUGGCAUUGUCUAAUUGUGUAUUACCACAAGUAGAUAUCUCAUCUCUUUCGCAUUCCAAUUCAUCCUCUAAUUCUCUCACAGAUCUUUUCAUUGUGAAGAGUUCCGUACACCCCACAACAGUUCCUUCGUUGCUCAAUAUCAGCACCAGUCUCGUUAAUCUUGAACUAUCUGAUAGUGAGAUUAAAGGAAUUCUGCCAAAUUCUUUUGAAAACAUGAGAUAUCUCAAGGCAAUUGAUUUGUCGUCCAAUGAAUUCGAAGGUGGAAUUCCAAAAUCGUUGGGGAAUCUUUGCAGUCUUAAGUUUCUAGAGUUGGAACACAACAAAUUCAACACAACGCUCGGUGAUGUUUUAGAAAGCCUCAAUGGUUGUGCUAGAAACUCAUUGUAUAUUAUGGAUCUGAGUGGGAACAACCUGAGAGGUUCUUUUCCUGAUGAUUCAAAUACAUUACCGACCCGUCUACAAUAUUUAAGCAUCUUUGACAACCAACUCGAAGGACCCAUACUGACCAAUCUUUCAGUGUUGUCAGACCUUAGAGUAUUGCUUGCCAAUGGUAACAAGUUCAAUGGCACUAUACCUGAAAGUAUUGGUGAGCUCCAAUAUCUCGAGGAUUUUGAUUUCUCUAAUAACGAUUUCUCUGGCCUUGUCUCUGAAGUUCACUUCCGUAAACUUUCCAAACUAAAGGAACUCUACUUAUCUCAGAACAUGUUAACAUUGAAAUUCGAUCCCGCUUGGGUUCCACCCUUCGACCUACUCUCCGUUAAGUUGAAUACCUGCAACUUAGGUCCUCAGUUUCCCAGUUGGCUUCGAAACCAAACAAAUAUUUCUAUUCUUGAUAUUUCACACACCGAAAUUGAUGAUGUUAUUCCUGAUUGGUUUUCCAACCAUGCUUCCAAACUGAUGAUUCUAUAUCUAAGCAAUAAUCAAAUUCAUGGCCCAAUCCCACACUAUCUGUCUAGUGUGCAAGUGUUAUAUCUCUCUGCCUCCCUGACUGUUGGGGGAACUUGA